AUGCUGGGCCAACUCGUGGGUUCCGCGAUGCUUUUGGCCGCGACCGCUAUCUUUCUCUACUAUACGGCCUGGACGCUGUUGAUGCCUUUCGUCGACCCUGGCCACCCUCUCCACGACCUCUUCCCGCCGCGUGUUUGGGCCAUCCGCAUCCCCGUCAUCCUGACACUCCUUGGCUCAGCCGUGGUGGGCACUUUCAUCAGCAUUGUGAUGAUCAACAGCAACAAGAAGAAGGCAGCCAAAGCCAAGGCUGCGGCGAAAAAGAAGACCUGA